AGUUUGCCGUUCACCCGGAGCGCUCGGGACUUGCCGAUAGUGCUGACGGCGCCAACAUGUCCGUGGCUUUCGCGGCCCCGAGGCAGCGAGGCAAAGGGGAGAUCACUCCCGCUGCGAUUCAGAAGAUGUUGGAUGAAAAUAACCAUCUUAUUCAGUGUAUAAUGGACUAUCAGAAUAAAGGAAAGACUUCAGAGUGUUCUCAGUACCAGCAGAUGUUGCAUACAAACUUGGUCUACCUUGCUACAAUAGCAGAUUCUAAUCAAAAUAUGCAGUCUCUUUUACCAGCACCACCCACACAGAAUAUGCCUAUGGGUCCUGGAGGGAUGAAUCAGAGCGGCCCUCCCCCACCCCCACGCUCUCACAACAUGCCUUCAGAUGGAAUGGUAGGUGGGGGUCCUCCUGCACCACACAUGCAGAACCAGAUGAACGGCCAGAUGCCUGGGCCUAACCAUAUGCCUAUGCAGGGACCUGGACCCAAUCAACUCAAUAUGACAAACAGUUCCAUGAACAUGCCUUCAAGUAGCCAUGGAUCCAUGGGAGGUUACAACCAUUCCGUGCCAUCAUCACAGAGCAUGCCAGUACAGAACCAGAUGACAAUGAGUCAAGGGCAGCCAAUGGGAAACUAUGGCCCAAGACCAAAUAUGAAUAUGCAACCAAACCAAGGGCCAAUGAUGCAUCAGCAACCUCCCUCUCAACAGUACAAUAUGCCACAGGGAGGUGGACAGCAUUACCAAGGCCAGCAGCCACCUAUGGGAAUGAUGGGUCAAGUUAACCAAGGCAAUCAUAUGAUGGGUCAGAGACAGAUUCCUCCCUAUAGACCACCUCAACAGGGCCCACCACAGCAGUACUCAGGCCAGGAAGACUAUUAUGGGGACCAGUACAGUCAUGGUGGACAAGGUCCUCCAGAAGGCAUGAACCAGCAAUAUUACCCUGAUGGAAACUCACAGUACGGCCAACAGCAGGAUGCUUACCAAGGACCACCUCCCCAGCAGGGCUAUCCACCCCAGCAGCAGCAGUACCCAGGGCAGCAGGGCUACCCAGGACAGCAGCAGGGCUACGGUCCUUCACAGGGUGGUCCAGGUCCUCAGUAUCCUAACUAUCCACAGGGACAAGGUCAGCAGUAUGGGGGUUACAGACCAACACAGCCUGGACCACCACAGCCACCACAGCAGAGGCCUUACGGAUAUGACCAGGGACAGUAUGGGAAUUACCAGCAGUGAAAAGUACUUACAUUCCAAUAGCCAGUAUCUAUUAGCAGCCAUAUUGUCACCUCAGCACUGUGGACACCUCCCUGUGAAGAGACCCUUCCAUUCCAUCUAGUUUUUGGAAAAACCUUGUGGAUAAGUGGCUGUUUUAUCAGUAAGCAGCCUUUUGUGGCUUAGUUAUAAAAGGCUUUAGUAGCUCAAAAAUACUCUUGAUUUCACAUUUCUACUCUAGAUGGCAACAUUGGACAGAAAAUACAAUGACAUAACCGAUUUGCAGUGAUUUCGGAACUGUGUUUGAAAUGGACUGUUACAGACUGGAAGGUGUGAACAGCUUUGUAUGUUUAUGAAGGUUAAGGGAAUUUAAUACUUUUCCACAGAUUCUUUUGUAAGGGGAAGAGGGAAAUGUACACUUUUUACAGCAGCAAUAUUUUGUAUAUUAUGUUUAUUUCAUGUGGUGAAUAUGCAAGGCAGUACACUACGCACUGGACAGAAUCAGAAAUUCUCCGUUCCUGGGGAUCGGAGCAUGGUGGAUGCUUGAUUGUGUUGGUCUCAGAAUGGUGUUCUGUGCAGACGAAGUGAGGGAGAAGACAAAGCACCAUAUGUCCACUGUUAUGUUCUUUAGAGGAGAUUCAGAUCCCUUUUAUCUGUUAGAUAAUCAAGGGCACUGUGAUACAGUUUUGAGUAAAACAUUUUUUUAAAGCUUUCCAGUUUUGUGGAUUAAAACCUUUUUAUAAAUAUCAUUUAUAAUACAGUUUUAAAAUGUGAGGCAAUAAGAAUUACUUCAUGUUGGAUCUGAAGAAUCUUGGUAACAGUUUCAUGUAAAUGAAGUGGUAAUCCUUUCCUAAAAUAGCAAUAACUGAAAAUGAAAGUGUUAAUUUUACUUUGUUUGAAUAAUCAGGGAACUUAGGAAUAUCAAAACAUUUUAUAAAUGGUAUCCAAGAAGAGUCAACAUUGAUUCAGUAAUUUUACUUUUUAACAUUAGAAGGAUAAUUCGUUUAUAUGAUAAUGCAGGAGACUUACAAACGUUUAUUUCAACUUUCUCUACUGGAAAUAAUGCCAUUUAUAAGGAAACACUUUUAAGUUUUUCCCCUUUUUUGUUUAAUAUAACAGAUGUUUAAGAAAAUGCUUAUUGAUGAGGUUUAUUCUGAUCUGUAUUAAAAGCAGAGAGGUUGCAUUUCAGAUCACUUUGUUAUUAGGUUGGCAUAUUUAAUCAUAUUUGAGACUGUCCUCUGCCUGAUUGUUUUAGCUAAUUUCAGGGAUAUUGCAUUGGGCAGGAAAUCAUGCAUUGAGAAGUGUAUAACCACAAUUAUUUAAGCAUAAUCUGAAAACAUCUAGCCUAAAGGUAAGUUGCUAUUUUCAUCACAGUUGCCUAUGCCCAGGGAAUAAGAAUAUUCUUUAUAAUUGAAUUGUUUUUUCCCACUUCUAACUGGAAACAAAACAGAAGGGGUGCCAUAAAUUUGAAUAAGCAAAACAUACUGUUUUCAACGUACUGUAAUCAAAAGGAGAAAUGUCAGUGUGUCUUUGUGUGUGUAUGAAAGAGAGUGUGUGUGUUUUAAGGUCAGAAUAGGGUGUUUUUCAACAUGGUCAGUAGAAAAUGGACAUCGAGUUUGAGCAGAUAAAGCAUGGACAGCCUUAUUGUGAUUGAAAUGCUUAUAGGUUCUGUGCCAACUUUCCACCACUGUGUACUUUGUUGCUAUUUAAAACUGUAUCAACUCUAACGGAAGAAUAAAUUAUUUGUGAUUUUAA